CUAAACAUGUUUUCCCACUCUCUCUUUCUCACACAAACAUUUUCUCGCCCUCGGUUCUCGUUGGUGUCCCCUAGGCCGCGAGGCACGGUUGUAAAAACUUUUCAAUCUAGAAAGAUAUAUUCGAUGGAGAAGAUUGAACACAAACAAGUCAAGAUAAAUGACAUAAACAUGCACAUAGCGGAGAAGGGGAAAGGCCCGACGAUCUUAUUCCUCCAUGGCUUUCCCGAGUUAUGGUACUCAUGGAGGCACCAAAUCCUCUACUUUGCUGCCCACGGCUAUCACGCCGUGGCCCCAGAUCUUCGUGGAUAUGGAAGCACCACCACGGUUUCAUCUAAAGGUGGUGAUGCAUCGAAAUUCAGCAUCUUUCAUCUGGUGGAGGAUAUUGUGUCGCUCAUUGAUGUUAUUGCUCCGAACGAGGAGAAAAUUUUAGUUGUUGGGCAUAAUUGGGGGACAAUCAUUGCUUGGUAUUUGUGUUUGUUUAGACCCGAUAGAGUGAAAGCGUUUGUGGCUCUCAGCGUUCAUUUUCUUCAUCGGAAUCCGGAUCCAGCCAAGAAAUUUGCCGACGUUUUUCGGGUCAUGUAUGGAGAUGAUCACUACAUUUGGAGAUUUCAGGAACCUGGCGACAUUGAAUCAGAGUUUGCAAAAGUUGGUGUUAAAAAAGUAUUGAAAAAAUUCUUAACAUUCCGCGAUCCAGCCUCAAUCCGUUUCCCCAAGACCGAGAAGUUCAUUAAUUCGUAUGAUGCUCCGGUUGCACUUCCUCCUUGGUUGUCCGACGAUGAUCUCAAUUACUAUGUUGCCAACUUUCAAAAGACGGGAUUCACAGAAGGGAUCAACUAUUAUCGUGCUCUGAAUUUAGACUGGGAGUUGUUGGGGCCGUGGACUGGGGCUCAAGUUAAGGUGCCUGCUAAGUUCAUGGUGGGGGAGCUUGACCUCGUGUAUCAUAUGCCAGGGGCAAAAGAGUACAUUCACGAGGGUGGGUUCAAGAAAGACGUGCCAUUGUUGGACGACGAGAUUGUGGUCAUGGAAGGGGUUGCCCACUACAUCAACCAAGAAAAGCCUGAAGAUGUCAAUAAUCACAUUCAUCACUUCUUUCAAAAGCAUUCUUGAUAUAAUUGUUCUUUUGGAGGUUUGAAUGUUGGAUCUUAAUUAAGAAUUUGGGACCUUAAGUUAUAGUUUGUAUUAUCAUGGAUGGCACUUUAUUCAUG